AUGUCCAGCUUUACGGCCUUGAAUGUUGAGCUCGAAGACACCGUCGAGGAGGAGGUCGACGACACCAAAGAAAUCCAACUCGAAGAAGCGUUCAAACUUUAUCAAAAUGCGCUCAAGCUCCACUCCCAGGGAUCUGACUUUUUCCAAGAGGCCCGCGAUGCCUACAAGGAACUGUUACAGUCCGACGUCUUCAAAUAUCCAGAAGUCGUAUCUGACUUUGCUCAUGACGAACUCGACGAAGAGGUAUCAGCCAGCGCCGCCCAUCAUGACACCGGAGCUCUGGCUCUCCUUCCCAGCAAUGCUACGGAGUCAUCCGCCAGCUCCAUCCCCCAACUUCUCUAUCUCGCCUUCAAAAAUCGAGGGCAAUUUAUCCUUGAUGUUGCGCGCCAUCAACUCUCCGACAAACACGGACCUCGAGUAGAUCUUUGUCGAUACUACGCCAAGGCCUGCACAGAGAGCAUAGGCGACUUCGCCAAAGCCCUAGAAAGGGAUGACACCGAUCUCGAUCUAUGGAAGAAGUCCGCGCGCGUCGCCGAGGUGCUGUUGUCCACGCAAAGGAUCACUCGUUUUUGCCUGGAGAGUGUCUUAGCCGGCGAUGACGAUGACACCUCACAGGCAAUUGAUCUUUCGGGCCUCGAUGAGGCAUUUGCAGCGGGAGAGCUGGAGGAGGUUGUCAAUCUGUUGGAGGACGACCUCACCCGUCUUGGAAAACCCGAGAAACGACCUAGGAGUCAGCUGCUGAUGGCACUGAGAAGGACCAACGAUCCCUAUCCAUAUCUUCCCAAGCGCACCAGUCGGCUCGAAUAUGUCGAUGACCGUUACCGACCACUGAGUUUUGGCGGAGGCCAAGUCCGACUGAAAAUCACAUCAGGCGAUCUCAACUCCUUGGGCGAAGUCAUCAAUCAGACGAUCCAAGCAGUUCACGGCGGUGAUGUAUCUUUCAAUGCUGCGACGAGCGUUCAUGUUGAGCUGCCCGAAGGGUUGGUUGUGCAUCAGGAUAGGGAUAUGCCCGAUUCUCGAGAUAUCAGCCCCUCACAUGACCCCACAAGCGUCAGUCAGAAUCUGCCCAGCAGUGUCUCAAUAGCCCUAGUCAAUGGCAAUCAAGUUUACGAAAGCCCUUCCGGGGAGAAGGAGCCCCCGUCAGAGCGGAACGCGCAGCACCAGGAUACCCGGAGCGAGAAUGCAGAAAACACCAUCGAAGUUGCCACGCAAGUCCUUUCCACUGCAGACGAAUUACGGAAUUCCGUACCACCUACCUCUUCUGGCGAGCCUGGUUCAAGAAAGCGAUCCACCGCCGUGGCCGGUAAUGAAGAGCCUGAAGGACGGACAAAGAGUAAACGACUGCGUGCGCGAGAAUCCAUGGCGGAUCUUGCUGCACAAGAAGAUGAAGCCACGCAUGAUGACCCUCAGUACUUCCUGGACCAGCUGGCAUUUUUUGAGCAGACAGAUCAGGCCAUGUUUGACGUUGUCAAUUCCAUGCUGGCAAAGAUAGACCUUCAAUUUUACCUGUCGACAGAGGAGGCAAAGCAAGCCUUUUGGCAGAGUAGCACCAACGGGACACACCAUAAGCUCGCCUCGGACACAUCGCGAGAGGACUUGAUACUCCUUGCGGAUUUGAGGACUGCAUUGUUGAACUGGACCGAUGAGAAGGGGCAUGCCAUCAUCUCCGGUCAUGGCCAUCAUGACUUUGCCGAGAAGUCGACCGGAAUGUCCCUUUUCCUCCAACAUUCUAGGCCAACCCUGGCAAAAGGAAUGCAACCUGCCACAAAUGGAGACGACUCUGAAUUAAUCGCGGUGGCCGACUUGAUCAAUGCGCAACCAAGUAACAUAUACGACGCUACCUUGAUUUGGUUAUCAUCCCUCUUGAUCAGCAACAAGGACGAUAGAUCGUCCAAAUCGCUAUACCUUCGUCAACCUUGGUCCACGCAGCUGAGGCAUACAUUGAAUAGCAUGCUGUGCAUCGCUCAUGCACAGAUAUACGAAACAUUACGCCAGUGCUAUUUCGCCCUGGAGGGAGCUGACCGUGCUACCAGCAGUGAUCAUGUGGCUGAUGUUCAAGCACUUUUCGGAUUCGUUCAGUCUUGGUUUGAACUGCAUCUCGAUCACCACUCUGCCAUCAUGAGCCCAAGUAGUGAUGUGCCGGAAAGCGCCAGAUCAUCCAGCGAAACUAAAUUACUGCAGUCUGCCAGCCUGGCAAACGACGUGAUGCAUCUACAUCUUGGCAUGUCCGGCAGGCCCGAGCUGGACGAUCCUUUGAUCGUCCGCUUCAUCUGGGCGUCUGCCAUUUGUGCAACCCUCUCACAGGACGUUGACAAAGCUCAUGUGCUGCUGUGUCUACAAGAUCUCAAGGCCCUUUUGCAAAAGUCUAGUCUGGAAGUUAUUCACCUCCCAAAUAGCACUGCCAUGCCAGUCAUCUCAACAUUGGCCAUUGACCAGGAGGUAUCACGCCUGAGCACCUUGGAUUUCUUCACCAACGUGUUUGAUACCGAUAACAGCAAUCCUGUGGCUGUAAUCGAGAAGCUCGAGCCAAUUCUAGAGCCUAGGUCAAUUCUUGGUGUCGACGAAAGACCGGAAUCAAGCCGAAGCGAUCAACGUGUCCCCCAAAUGGAGAGGUUGAUCCAGUUCCUGGAAGCGGGGGACGCGUCCCUCAAGCUCUUCCUCUGGAGACGGCUUCAGAACGCUUACAUCGCAAUUUCAUACACACCCAAGGUGAUAUCAUGUCUUUUGCGAGCGAUUGAGACCAGUGUUCAUGAAUUGUUCACCACAAGACAUCUUGACUCAGAGUUCGAUGCUCGCCAAACAUCCAUGUUAAAAUGGCUACGUGAUACCGAUGAAUUGAUGGUCAGGCUGCUGCCCAAAGCCCUGAGCGACAAUUCGGCCUUUGAGUGUGUCGAUGAUGCGCACCUUCGCUCUUCGCUGAAAGCUGUCACAUCUCUUACAAGGAUACUCCAUGGCUUUGUCAUAUACGAAGACUCAGUUCGUGUCGGUCAAACAGCGCCUCCUCAGCUCAGGGGAGCUGCCUCUUCAAAGCUUUUUGAAAAAAGCAAAGAUCGUCUCCGAGAGAUGCUCGUUCGAACUUGCCUCGUUCAGUACCUUCUCCUGAAAGAGGCCACGGUACAGCAUCCAUCAUCAUUUGGGCGGGCGGCCGACGACCUGGCUGAAUACCUGAGUACGGUCCACAAUUGUAUUGGCAUUCGCCAAUAUUGCAAGUACGCGAACAAGGCGUUUGUCAAACUUGUCAAGGCCGAAUUAUGUACCCUCAGCACCCAGCAGGACUACACCACAGACAUGACCCAAGUCUUCUUCGAUCUCUAUCAACUUCGGUUCACCAGUGGCGUCGGAGAUACCAAUCAUGGCUGUCCUACUGAGAACUUGGAUCGAAAGACGGCGUGGUCGCUGGUCCCUACGAUUAUGACUUAUGCAGCCAAGUACAACAUCAAGGACCUGGCAAAGGGUGAGCUUCGGACCACGAUUGAUAAAAUUCAGAGUGCAUUAGGAGCUGUCAAAAGCCUUCCACCUUUGAUGUACAACAAGCGAAUCAUAUCCAGUUACCUCAAGUCUCCGAUCAAAUCAGACGAUCUCUAUCGAUGCAUCCGCGGGCUGGGCGACCUCCCGACUCGCCAUGCGGAGAGUGACACCGAGAUUGCGGCCCGCAACGGAUGGUAUUUCCUGCUUGGGCACAUGAGUCUUGCAAAGUACAAAUCAAUCAAGCGAGUUAGCCCAACGCCGACCGACGAUCUAGACACUGCCGCAUCGCUGUUCCGACAAGACCUUGACCACAACAUCAAUAAGUGGGAAACGUGGUACCGCCUGGCCCAGGUGUAUGAGGCCAAAAUUGAAGACGACCUGAUCUGGAAUUCCACCAAAUUGAACGAUUCACGAGGCGAUAUCGCUUUGCUCGAGCGCCAGGCUAUUCAUAGCUAUGUCAUGGCGACGGCAAUCGCCAUGCGCCUCCCAGAGACCGUGCCAGAUGAUGCUCUAAAGAUUGAAAAUAUGCUGGCCGAGUUCGCGACACGUCUCUACGCUUCCUCUCGUCCUCCGCUGAAUAUGGAAGCGUUCAGGACGGACAAGCAUAUGCGCCAUAUGAGCAGCCGCAUCGACAUGACCAUGUCGAAACAAGCUUAUCACCCUCCCGUUGGUUCAUACGCACUUUGGAAAUUCGCCGCAUAUCUCUUGAGCCGCAAAUUCAGCGAGAAACCCAAACAUUGGACUACCCACUAUACUCGUUGCAAGUGCCUAUGGAAGAUGUUUACCAGUCCGGAAAAUCGGACACGACGCCGGCCUGUGACCGCAGAGGAAGUGGUAGAGGCCAUUACCGAAGCCAUUGAGGCACUGCCAAAGAAAGAAAAGUCGAAUGAGCCGAUUCUGGAGCCACAUUUCAAACUCGUGUCCAUCGUUCACAAGCUCGUCACACGACGCGCAAUAUCCUACACACAGGGCGAGGAGUAUCUGCAAGCUACACGGUACGCCCAGGGCAUCCAUCUUUCCGAGUAUGAGGACGGCGCUGGGCCUGAGUGGGUGCCUUACAUGCUCGACAUUUUGAAGAAGCUUGGAAACGCCGACAAGUCUAACUGGCACCACAGAAUCAUCGACCGCGCUGCCCAUGUUAUCUACGACGAAUCACCCGGUAUAGCCGGCGCCCUGGGUGCCAAACAUCAGUUCACCCAACAAAUAUUUACCAAGACGAUGACCAUCCAGGUGUGGAAACCCGAGAACGAACGGCCGGGGCGACAUUACGUCUACACUGGGCGCUACGUCGCGUUCUUCGUCCAUGUAUUGGAACAGUUGAACGACCGGAUGAAUCUGGAUCAACUCGUCCGCAGGAUCCGUCGCAAGACGACUGAUUUUCUGGACCAUACCAAAGUAUGGGAGGCCGUCACGACUGUGUAUGUGAGACUGUUGAGACGUCAUGGAAAGAUCCCUGACGGUCGUGAGAGAGCACUUUUCGACGGGAUGAAUCAUGAGGAAUUUACCAAAAAGUCAGAGAAAAUGGAAGCCUGGGCACUGGAUCCGGACACCACGUCAGUGUUCCUGGAUAUCAUGCGCGACGGUAUCGAUCUCAAGAGACUCAAUAAUAGUUUGAUGAAGGGCCCGCUCAUCGACGAUCUCAUCGGCGAUGCGUAUGCGUGCCUCUACGAGGAAUUUGUGGCGCAACUGCCACCAGAAGAGCAGCCCCCGGCGCAACCUGCCCCUUUCCCGCAAGGCACAUUCAUCAACAUGACCGCAGACCUGGCUCCUAGUAAUGAUGGAGAUACCGAGCGGGGCCGACUUAACACCGUCCUUCGAGCUCAGGGAGACGGUACUGCAGAGCUUCCACUAGCUUUGUCAGUAUCGGCACCUAUCGGGCUUGGUCUUCAGGGUUCAUCCAAACCUCUCCCGGGCGGCUCUGGUCAGGCAAUGCCAGAAGUACCUCGCGUGCCGGGCAAACCUGGUCGAACCAAGACGGUGACCAGGCGCGAAAUCCAGCGAAAAGCUGAAGCCGCCAUUGCCAAGCCACCGCCAAUCAAGACACCCAUUCUAAGCAAGCGUCCCAACAUUGAAGUCGUCCUCCGAGACGAUCAGGCCGACUCCUCGCCGAUCAAUCCGAAGGAAGGGGACGCGAAGGAACGAACCUAUGACAGUCGGGCGAGCUCGCGCAGAGGCAGUAUGCGCGACAGUGCCGACGGCGAGAAUGAUACGGGCAGUGAACUGAGCGAUCUGGACGAUCUGGACGAUGAGAAGAAGCAACUCUUCUCGGAGCUGGAAAGGGCCAACGAGCGAGCCGAGGAUGCUGAUGGCGACGAAGGCGGGGAUGAUGGCGAGGAUGAUGGCGGGGAUGAUGGCGGAGACGAAGGUGCUGACGAUGAUGGCCAGAACGACUCCUUGGAUGAACAGAAUAACGACGACGAAGAAAUGGAGGACCCCGAGGACGAGGCUGAUGGUGAGGUUGAUGGUGAGGGCGAGGGCGAGGGUGAAAUGGAAAUCCAAGACUCCCAGGAAAACCUGGCCGGGGAUAGCCCCGAGGAUGAGCAAGAGGAGUUCCACGAGGCGCGGGAGCAGAAUGACUGA